AUGAGAUUCGGCCACCAGCUCCGCGCCUCCCUCAUAAAAGAAUACUACUGGCACUACAUAGCCUACGAUGAUCUUAAAGCCGCUCUGAAAACCCCAUACAAGUCAAAUCCCACCUCCCCGACCGCCGCUGCAGCUCAGGAAACCCAACCCGCAAAGCCCAAGCGCAAGCCAUGGACGGAGGAAGACGAGAGGCGCUUCGUCGCACUGCUGGAGAGCGAGCUGGAUAAGGUGUUUACUUUCCAGAAGCUGAAGAGCGAUGAGAUCGUCGCGCGGAUUGUGCAGAGUGAGAAAGAGGUUAAUGACGUCGUGGCUAUGAUGAGGGCUGCUGCUGCCGGGGGUGGUGGGAAUAGUGCUGGAGGCAGGAGGGGGUCGCAGAUUAGCAGUCGUGGGGUUGAAGCUGCUGCUGGCAGUGUCGCAGUCGGCGGUGGAAUGGCGCCGACUGAUGAGGAUUUCUUGCUGCUAGAGGAGGAUCUCAGUGAUAUCAUUGCCGACGUCCAUGAUUUGGCCAAGUAUGUGCAGUUGAAUUAUACGGGGUUUCAGAAGAUUAUCAAGAAGCAUGAUAAACAAACACAAUGGCAUUUGAAGCCCGUGUUCGCAGCACGGCUAAAAGCAAAGCCGUUUUUCAAGGACAACUACGAUGCGUUCGUGGUUAAAUUGUCCAGGUUGUAUGAUUUGGUUAGGAACAAGGGCGCUCCUGUCACCGGUGACAGUGCAGCGGGCGGUUCGCAGCAGAAUUUCAUCCGGGAGACAACUAAGUAUUGGGUACAUCCGGACAACAUUACGGAAUUGAAACUUAUCAUCCUGAAGCAUCUCCCCGUUUUGGUAUUCAAUCCCACAAAAGAAUUCGAUGAGCGAGAUUCAGCUAUCUCCUCUAUUUACUAUGACAAUCCAGAAACCUGGGAGCUCUAUACUGGGCGCUUAAAGAAGACUGAAGGUGCGGAGGCGAUCCGACUACGGUGGUAUGGUGGCAUGGAAAAUGAUCAGAUUUUCGUUGAGAGGAAAACGCACCGGGAGGAUUGGACAGGAGAGAAAUCGGUCAAAGCGCGGUUCCCGAUUAAGGAGAAACAUGUAAAUUCUUUUUUGUCUGGGAGAAUGACUGUCGAGAGCAUCUUUGAGAAGGCCAGGAAAGAUGGAAAGAAGAGCGAGCAACAGAUUGCUGACUGGGAGCAGUUGGCGCGGGAGGUGCAAUAUCGUGUAGUUACUCGGAAGCUCAAGCCAGUUACGAGGUCGUUUUAUCAUCGGACUGCAUUCCAGCUUCCUGGAGAUGCGAGAGUGCGGAUAUCGUUGGAUACCGAGCUGACCAUGAUCCGAGAGGAUAAUCUAGAUGGCCGCAAAAGGUCUGGGUCCAAUUGGCGGCGAAUGGAUAUCGGAAUUGACUACCCUUUUCUCCAACUACCUGCGCAGGAUGUCGAAAGAUUUCCCUACGCUAUUUUGGAAGUGAAGUUGCAGACGCAGGCGGGUCAAGCACCUCCACCAUGGAUCCGGGAUCUAAUCUCCAGUCAUCUGGUGGAAGCUGUCCCCAAAUUCAGCAAGUUCAUUCAUGGAACGGCAAAUCUAUUCCCAGACCAUAUCGACCUGCUCCCCUUCUGGAUGCCGCAGAUGGACGUCGAUAUUCGAAAACCCAUCACCCGCAGGUUCGGCAUCGAGCGACCGGUCCAAACUAGCCAAUCGACAACUGACAUCAUGGACGAUGAUGGCGACGAUGAUGACGAGUCCGACGAUGACGCUGACGCUGACGAUGCUGGUGGUAGUGAUCCCGCAGCGCGCAACGAAGUCGACGCACGCGAAAACGGCCACGCAUCAUCCUCAUCCGUGCACGGAACCAACGCAAUCCAUUUCCAAUCCCUCCAACCCCUUCCUCAAGGCGAAGACAACGACGACCCUUUACAAGACUCCAGCAUCUCCCAAGUUAUGGGUAACGCGCUCGAUAUCGAAGAGCGUAUCGCUGCCCAACGAAAUCUUAUUGAUAUCGGCGGCGAUGACUACCCGCUCUAUGACUCCGAAGACGAGUCGAGCGGACAAGACGACCUCGAAGAGGCACGGAGGAUCGGUGGCUGGCAAUAUCGCAUUAAGCUUGCGAAACACUACGUUCGCGCUGCGGGAAGAUCUACCCUGAAUGCUGCGAAAUACUUAGCACCCGUCCCGAGACCGACGGCGAUGCCCAUCAAUAAUGGCGUCAGUGGGGUGGGGAGGUUCAUACCGCCAGAUCAAAUGCAGGUUAAGCGGUUUAAAGCACCGAAGGGGAAACGAAUCCACGUCCCCGUCCGUGUCGAACCAAAAGUCUACUUCGCCGCUGAACGCACAUUCCUUUCCUGGCUCGAAUUUUCCAUCAUCCUCGGCUCCAUCGCUGCCACCCUACUCAAUUUCGGCCACGACACCGUCACGCUUGUGUCGUCGUGGGUGUUUACUAUACUCGCCUGCUUGUCGCUCGUGUAUAGCUUGCUGCUGUAUAUGUGGCGCGUUGAUAAGAUUCGGAAACGGCGGGAUGUAAAGCAUGUUUAUCAUGAGAAGUGGGGGCCGACGGUGCUUUGUGUGGGCUUGCUUGUGGCUGUUUGUGUUAAUUUUGGAUUGAGGGCUAGGUCUGGGGGGUGAAAGUGUGGUAGCAGCUGCUCACGGCAGAGUACGGGGAAACGGACGGCGGUUGACUUACAUAU